GUCAGGACAACUUUUGGGAGCUCAAACUCAGGCUGUCAGUCCUGGUGGCAAGUGUCCUCUCCUGCUGAGCCACCUUGCUGUCCUGUGACAGUUAACUGGAAUGAUGAGCACGGUCUUUCGAAUGAUGCUCAGCAGUGAGUGUGGCACGUUGGGAAGCUGGGUAUAUGGGGUAACAGGGGGCCUGGGGCUGCCUCCUCUCUUCCCUCCUCCUGAGCCCUCUUCCUUCCUACCCAGCUUUGUGCUCUCCCACCCCUCAGCAGGAGUGCCCAUCCCUUCUUCUCAGCCCCGCCAGUUCACAUGGAGCUUUCUGGUCCCCGGGUGAGCCAGUCAGCAAGGUUCUGACCCCUGAGGGCAAGGUGGCCUUAGAGCCCUAGCCAGGUCUCCAGAGGGCCUCUGGUUCUGUCACCUGCUGUGAGUGGGAGCCAGACUUGGGUGCAGAACAGAAACUUGAGGCUAAAGAGGAAGUGGGGGACAUGCGGGUGGUGCUGAGGAGAAAUGAGCAGACUCUUACUUCACUAUGGUUUCCUCCUGGGAUUUCUCAGCUUUCCUCACCCCGGUCUUACGAGGCAGGAGACUGCAGCUCCUCCGUGAGCCUUUAUCUGGUUCAGUUCAGGAGCCCAGACACAAAGCCUGUGGCUGGAGGAUCCACGGGGCCACGCAGGCCUUGCUCACCUUCUCUCUUGUCCACGGCGGUCUCUGCUCCCUGAGCAGUUCGUCCCACACUGGCUGUGGUGGCUGCCUGGGUCCUGCCCUGCCCUGGUCUCCUCCUCACGGCAUCCCUGCCCCCUUCCCUGCUCCUCUCCCCAGCUCAAGAAGAGGACCUAUGGCCUGGGAGGCCUCAUGCCUGCUAUCCCCCAUCCUGCUGGUGCUCCUGGCCUCAGGCUCCUGGGCACAGGGCACAGAAUCUCUUCAAAGAGUGGAGGGAACGAGGCUUUCCGUGAAAUGCUGGUAUGAUCCCAGCCAACGCUUAAAGGAGAAAAUCUGGUGUGUGAAAACACCAGCAGAUACUUGUAACAUCUUAGUGUCGAGUCCUGCAGGCAGAGAUGCUCAGGGAGGACGAUCCUUCAUCUGGGACAAUCCUGACUCUAACUCCUUCACUGUCAUCAUGACUGCGUUGAGGACGACAGACUCGGGUUCCUAUCACUGUGGGAUCCUUGAAAGCCGCAGAAUGUUCAGGAUUCUCAGAAGCUUCAGCCUAGUGGUGUCCAAAGCUCCAACCCCACGCACGACUUCCUGGAAGACGACAGCCCUGGCCUCUGCCACCAGCCCUGUCAUUGACAGUCCCCCAGAGAACUGGAUGUGGAAGGUCACCAUUGCUGGUGUGGCAGUGACCAUCCUGCUACUGCUCGGACUUGUCCUUGUGGUCCUGUACCUCAGGAAUACUCGAGGAAAAGCCCAGAAAGUUGAGAACAAAUGUCACCAUAUCUACGAAGAUGUUCCAUGUCAGAAGGAGGAAACCACUGGCUUCAAUCAGCAAAUCCUCUCCAGUGAGGAUGCCGAGACCAUCUGCUACGCUUCCCUCAUCCACCUCAACCACGUGAGCCCUCGGAACCCCAUCUCUAGCAACACCCAGCCCUACCUGAAACCGUCGCCUGACCCCCUUCUGUCUGUGGAAUAUGCUAGCAUCUCUAGAAGCAGACUCCAGUCUUCCAAGGCAGCUGCCCUGGAGAUGGAUCCCGAGAACUGAGGGCUGAGGCUAUGUCCUAGCAGAGGAGCAACUUCCUACAGCAUAGAUGGUCCAGACUGUUAGGGCCAUGCUUUCCUCAAGGAAGAUGACCAAAAGUACAAUGGAGAGGGCCUGGGGACCCUGGUCUCUCCCCUCUGGAGGCCUAGGAUCAAUGCCACUAGGACAGUCUACAUGGAUAGAGACCUGGGCCAGUUUCUCUCAAUGACUCUGGCCUCCCUUCCUUUGGUGACCACCCCUUCCUUCCUCGGUGGCCCUUGAAACCCAGGCAGAUUGUGUAAGUUCCCCCAGGGACUCUAAGUCAACUGGGAUCUCUGCCCAACCCUUAGCUCCUCCCCACACCAGCCUGGCUCCUAUUUCUAAAACCAUCCUGCUCUGGGAACUCUGGUAACCCUGACAGGAAGAACACUAAGAUGUGGGCAGCGCCCAUCAGUGGCCUGUCUUCUGAGACAUUUCCAACCAUGGCGGAACCAGGAGCUUUCUUAGCAUAGCCAGGCACCAGUCUCUGUGAGAGCACAUCCGGGUGCUCUGCCUUCGAGAGGGACGGCCAUCCUCUCUGCUGACUGUGUCUAACUGCACCAUCUAUGCCACACCCACCUUCCAGGACCCUCGCACUGAAGAUGCCAUCCCCUCAGCCCAGGCCCCUCACCACUGUGAGGCAGGCACUCAGACCAAGGGAGGCAGGGUCAGGGCAGGAGUUGGAUGCCGUGAGUAUGGCCCUGCUCCUGGGGACCCAUCCCCACCCUGCCUGCUCAUGUCCUCCUCGUGCAACACAGAUUUGACUGGGAAAGACUGGGUGACUACUAUCCCUGACGGGAGGCCCGCUGUGUCUCGCCUUGGAGUCGUUGCUCUUUGCCUAUGGUCUCACCUGACCUCUGGUCCUCCGUGACUCCUAACAGGGCCUUUGCUCUUGGUCUGGAUUUCAGUCUACAUGGCCCCCUAAGAGUCCCCUUUUACUGAAUGUCCCUUGAGCAUGUCUACGACUCAUCCUGAGGGUUGGGCUCUCAUGAGCUGUUAGAACCAAAAGGGCUUUCUCAGACUGGAACUCCUAGAGCUGACUACGAUGUUUUCACUGGGCCAGGCUCUGCACUCAAGCUUGAGGAGAGAGAUUGAGUCUAGGAUGUAUUUGGGAACACUUACAAAGUGCCCCAUGCUUCUAUGUGGAUGAAGAGCGCAAAUAUCCCUAUUGGUGCCCAUUCCUGCCUUUUACAGAUGGACGUAGACUGGGUCCCACAGGUAAUAAAUGGUAGGUUGCAGAUCUUAGAGUUUUUA